AGCAGCUAAUGGGAUGACAGGUGGCAGCUAAUCCCCGGGCUGAGCGGAGCGGCACACCCACACGGGCCUCUCUCUCACGCACGAUCCAUGAGCACACUUUUUGACGCUACAGGUCGUCGAGUCGUCGACACGGACGAACCCGAGUUGGAGAAAAGACGUCUUCUCGGGAUGGAAGGAAUGCGAGGAGGAGGACAGGACGCCGGGAGGAGGCUCAACUAAUUGGCUUCAAGGUCGUUGCCAUGGCGAUGAGGCCCGCGCGACCCUCCUCCGAGACCUACCCGUCGGUGUGCUGCACGGCCAGUCCGUCCGUGUCCUACUCCAGCCUGUCCGGGAUGGAGGCCCUCCUGGACGAGCCCGGCGACCGGACGCCCAUCUUUUCCCUCUCCAAGAGUGCCAUGGACGUCGUCACGGCGACGGGCCCGCCGCACAAGCGCGACCCGGCGUGGACCGGCAUGGCCCUGCGGCGCAGCUCCAGCGCCGGCGUGCCCGCCGAGCCGAACCCCCUUUGCUCAUCACCGGAGAACCCCCAGAACCCGGACAUGCGGCGCUGGAGCCGGUGCAGCGCCGGAGCGCGGAGCGGCGGCAGCACUCCCGACACGGUGGUGUGGGGCGGCGGGGGGUCGCGCCCCUGCAGCCUCACGCGGGACGCGGCCUCCGCUGCCACCGUGACCUCCUCGCCUUUCAUCUCCCCCUUGAUGACGCCCACUCUCCCGUCCGUUGAUCUUUGCUCCUCGUCAGCGCCAGUCACGAGUGGCGCACCCCCAUCUCCGCGACACCUUGACGCCGCGCCGUCGCCAAAACGCUUUUUCCGGGUAACAAGCGCAGAAGACGACGCCUUCCUGAACAACCGCAUGCUUUAUUUCCAGUACCCCUCGCCGAUGGCGUCCUUUGUGGGCUCGGCAUCAUCAACCCCGGCGUCCUCCCUGUCCCAGACGGCGCCGCAAGGUUCGGCAGACGAAGAGCGGGAUCAAGAUGUGGGAGUCUACCUCCCGUUACCAUGGCAACCGGGCCAAAGGCCAGGCCGAGGCGGGAGGUCAGCGCUGGUCUCCUCCGCGAGUGACUCGCUGCUGCGUGAAGGUUGCAGAUGCUGCAGAGGAAGCGUCAAAAAGGAGCGAGGGACCAUGACGCCGUGGCGGGAGGCGGUGGACGUGGCCGUGCAGACCGUCUCCCCCGCGGGGUCCUGGUGGGACCUCCGCAGGAACACCUCCCGCACGGGCUCACCAUCCCUCCUGGGCUCGCCGCCUGGAUCCAGACUGAAUCUAAAGGCCUCGAUAGGGUCCAAUUCCAACCUGGUGUCGCCUUCCUCCAGCAUGUUCCCCGGCAGCAACGGCGAGGACGAGGCGGGGGGGAAGGAAGGAGACGACCCGGAGCGCAAGAGGUCCUGCCUGAAGGUCCACGGGGAGGAGAAGGACGAGCCGGGCGGGAGGAGGGGCAGCAUGAAGCAGGUGCAGUGGGACGAGGACGGGAUGACGUGGGACGUCCACGGCGCCUCCGUGGACCCGCAGGAGCUGAGCGCGGCCAUUCAGAAACAUCUGGAACUUCACGACAGCCCCGACCCCGCCAAACGUCCCUCGUCGAAGAAGAGAGCGCCCGGACCUCCUCUCCCGCCGCCGUCUCCUGCCGAGGCCACGCCGCCCGGAGGCGAGGGGAAGGAGGACGCGGGAGGAGGGCGGGAGGAGGCGGGGGGAGAGGACGAGAGCGUCCCGAAUUCGCCCGCACGUGGGAGCGGGAUCGUCCGGAAGAGGAGUGUGAUGAGGUCGCUGAGACCAGGGUGGUGCGGGGGGUCCAGAAAGGAGGACUAAAAACAAAAUGACCGCUUCUCUCCUGCUGUUCAAAAUAAACUUGAUGUAACCCGAUGACGCCUUGCCUUGGGUUGUUUCUUUCUGAUAUUAAUAUUUCUGGUUCCUACAUUAUAGAUCAAUGCAGUCUGCAGGGAUACAGUCCGUAAGCACCAGAGGUGGGACCAAGUCAUUGUUUUGCAAGUCACAAGUAAGUCUCAAGUCUUUGCCCUCAAGUCCGAGUCAAGUCCCGAGUCAAGACAGGCAAGCCCCGAGUCAAGUCCAAAGUCAAGACUGGAAAGUCUCAAGUCAAGUCCUAAGUCCUGCAUUUUGAGUUUCGAGUCCUUUCAAGUCCUUUUAACCACAGACUAAUAUAUUAACACAGAUUGUGUAUGCUUUUCAAACGCUGUAUUUAUUUAUUUAAACAAGUGCAUUUUAAAUUGCAGGAAAGAAAAUUGUGCUGACAUUGCACUUUAUAAUAGCACUAUUAACCAGUCAUUUUAAACAUUAACUCAUUCCUUUACAGAACAAACACAUUGAAAAAUAAAGUGCAAAUGUACUUAUUUGUACAAAAGUGUUAACAUUGAAAAAACAUGACAUAUACGUGAACAUAACAAAAAAGUUGUACUUUUUAUAUGUCAGGGCCCUAUGCUGCAUUGCAUUUGCAAAAGACCAAAUUAGCCAAGAGUCUGUCAGUCAUUUGUGCACGAUGGGGGCGUAGUAUGAUGCCACCAUGGCUGAAAACUCGCUCCACUG